AUGCUCGAAGACAAAUCUCACUCCCAUGUUGUAUCCUGGGGCAUAUCGGGCGAGACUUUUGUUGUACACGAUCCAACAGAAUUCGCGCGAACCAUCCUCCCGAGGCAUUUUAAACAUAGCAAUUUUGCCUCAUUUGUGCGGCAAUUGAACAAAUAUGAUUUCCACAAGAUCAAGAGCAACGAGGAGGGACGGGCUUAUGGAGAGCAGGCCUGGGAAUUCCAACAUCCAAAGUUUCAGUUCAACAGAAGAGACUUGCUCGAAGAGAUAAAGGCAAUAAUUGGAAAAUCACGGAACCUACGUACAACACAUUCCCAGAACGGAGCGUCCAUGCCGCCCAUUGAUCGUAUUUAUGACCGUUUUUCCUCUGCCAACACAUUAUCUCUCUCAUCCUCUCCUUCCAACUUGUACGCACCCCAACAAAGCCAUACCGAUCCACAGCCAGUUCACCUGCGGGAUGUAGACGUUCAGGCCCAAUACAUUCCAUACUUUAACUUUGAUCCAUCUGGAAUGUCUCAUACGACCUCGGAAAUUGGGAAUGCACCAUACAUGAUACCGCAAAAGUUGGUUAUGUCGGCUAGGGAGGGGACUUAG